AUGGAUGAAUUGUUAGAUGUGAAUAGUUUGGAUAGCUUACGAGCAUUACAUGAAAGUGAUGAACAGUGGAAGUUACGACGAAUGUUCCUUGAACGACAUAUGGCUGAUUAUCCAAAAAAUCGUCUUCUCUGUCUCGCUCAAAUAUUUUGUAAUAUGAUCUCGUUGGGUUGCAC